AUGUCCCUGACGGAUAAGGUCCUCGUUCACAUAGCACCAACAACAGCCUCUUGCGCUGGCGCAGAGUUCCUCGAGGAGUGCACAGAUGCGACGCAAGCAGCAAGAGCUAUCAACGCGGCCUUCGAAACGUAUGGAAUCUCCUCGCUCAGGGAAAGGGUUAGCUUAGUGGCCGACAUACUUUUCGAAUCGGGCAACUUCAAGUACAACAAGAACCACUAUCCAGGCAGGCCGGGGCAUGGCACAGGGAUGAUGGCGAUGCCCUCUUUUGUCAAGCCCUAUGCGGAAAGCGUCGCUGGUGCCGUCGCUGUCGCGAAGGCGGAAGCCGCCGGAGGGGACACGGGCCUGGACGCGCUUCUGGAGUUGGCCAACGGCAACGACGAGAAGAGUUUUAGGAUCGCGGCUUGGUUCCUCAGCACACAUAGUUACUCCGUCUACAUUUCCCAGUUCAGUGAUUUGCAGUUGGGGCCUUAG